GGAGCACAGCAGCAGGAUGGCCGACCAGAGCAGGCAAAUCAAACUCGCUGCAGCCAAGAAAAAGCUGAAGGAGUUUCAGCAGAAGAGCUCCCCUGCCAAUGGAGGAGGAGAGAAGGGUGGUGGAGGAGGAGGAGGGGGCGGCGGCGGACCAGGGGCCAAGAAGAAGAGGAAGGGGAAGGGACUGAACCAGUAUGAUGCACCUACAACAGAUAGAAACUCCCCAAUCAACACCUUUGCUGACGUGGAGCCCAUGGGGUCUUCAGUUCCCCAGCUGCUGGAGGACCCAGGGGGCAAGCCUGGCCUUGGCUCACCUGAGUCUAACGCUGCUGUGCCUAACACUACUAAUAACCCUGAGUUUGUCACUCACAACGCUGCCCUGCAGGACUAUCCAGAUACCAAUGGCAAUGAGAGUUUAACAGAGGAAAAUAGACCACUGUCUUCCACAGAGAGCCUGCGGCAGCUCUCACAGCAACUGAACGGCCUGGUCUCUGAGUCAUCUGCUGCGUAUCAGAAUGGAGAUGGUGCACCCGUUCUCACUGAGAGAGAAAUGGAGAGUCGGAACCAGGAGCUGGCAGCUGCCCUGGAGUCCAGCAACCUAACAAACUCUCAGCUCAAUAUCCAGCUAGACCAGCUGGCAAAGCAAUCUCAGGAGCUCACAGAUCAGCUACAAAAGGAGCGAAAAGAAUUUGAGCAGAGAUGUUCCAAAGAGCAGGGAGCCAUGCGCGAGCAAUUGCAGGUUCACAUCCAAACUAUUGGAAUACUGGUAUCAGAGAAAUCAGAGCUACAAACAGCACUACAAUACACACAGCACGCUGCACGGCAGAAAACAGGGGAGGCAGAGGAGUUGAACAGCCGUCUGCAGGCAACAAAGCAGAGAGUUUCAGAGCUGGAGCGAACCCUCUCUUCUGUCUCAGCACAACAGAAACAGUUUGAAAAGCACAAUAAAGAACUUGAAAAGGAGAGAGACAACCUGAGACUUGAGGUGUUUAGAGUAAACAAUGUGAGUGAGGAGUCGAAGCAGCAGAGCUCCGAGCUGUCUGAGAGGCUGAAACUGACGUCGCAAGACAAUGGAGCAAUGAGGCUGGAGGUGGAAGAUCUUCGCAAGAGGCUCGAGAUUGGUGACCUCAUGCUGCAACAGUACUCCAAUCAGUCGGAUCCCAGCAGUGCCAACCAGCAGGCGCAGUUACUGGUGGAAGAGAAACAGCAGCUGGAGUCUCAAAAUCACCAGCUGAUGGAGUCGAUUGGUCAGCUGAAGACAGAGAGGGAUUGUUAUGCAGAGCAGAUCCAAGAAGAGGGCCUUUUAUGGAAGGACAAAACAGAACAGCUCCUAACACAGGUUUCAUUGGUUGCAGAGGAGAGGGACAGAAACAUCAACCGAGUCCAAGAGUUGGAGGCCAGCAUCACAGAGCUAACAAAUGCUGCAGCGUUACUGUCGCAAGAGAGAGAGGCUCAGGGUAAUGAAGAGCCUCCGUCCUCGGGACCGUCAGAGAGUGAGGUGGCUCUGCAAGAGAGCCUCGACAGACUACAACAAGAGAAAGAAGCCCUGGCUGAACAGUAUCAGGCUCAGCUGAGAGACAACACGCAGCUGAGCCGCAUGUGUUCUGAGCAGGAGACGCGUCUGGGGGAGAUGGAGCAGCAGGUGGAGAGCCGAACCCAGGAGGGAGAGGACCGUCGCCGCAUGUUGGAGGAUGUUCAGUCAGACAAGGCCACUAUUAGCCGCGCCCUCACCCAGAACCGGACACUGAAGGACCAGCUGGCUGAGCUUCAGAACGGUUUCGUCAAACUGACUAAUGAGAACAUGGAGCUGACCACUGCCAUCCAGUCAGAGCAACACGUGAAAAAGGAGCUGGCUCGCAGGAUGGGUGAACUGCAAGAGGGACUGCACAAUGUCAAGGAGGAGCUUGAAUUGAAAAAUCAAGAGACUCAGGGUCUGAUGGAGCAGAGGGACCAGGUGGUGGCUCACCUGCAGCAGUACUGUGCCGGCUACCAGACCCUGGCCUCCGAGAGAGAACAGGUCCACCUACAGUAUCUGCAGCAGUGCCAGCUUAUGGACCGGCUGCAGCACGAUGAGAGCCAGGGCCGUGUGCAGCUGGAGAUCAGUCACUGUCAGCUCAAAGAAACGCAGGACCAUCUGGAGCAGUUGGUCAGAGACAAUGAGCAGCUGAAGUCUGACGUGAAGGAACUUCUCCACAGCUCAGCUCUUGCAACAUCACCGAGAGACCAAGGUGAUGGAGUGGAAAGCCAGUCCAUGCAGGAGAGUCCAAAGAGGUCCUCCUCCAUAGUUAUCCCAGAAGACUUCGAAAGCCAGAAAGAAAUGGAGGAGUUCAUCCGUGGAGCUCUGGUUCACUUGGAGGGAGAGAGGGACGAGGCCAGGAGGCUACUGGAGGAGGAGCACCGGCUCCACAUGGCAGCCCGGCACCAGGCCGCUGUGGCCCUCAGCCUUGAACACCAACACCACAGCCACGAAACUGAUCAUGACCAUAAUCAUGAGCACGAUCACACACAUAGCCAACAUGGUCACUGUGAACACAGUCACGAGCAUUCAGAAGGAGGAGUUCCAGUUGAAGUUCAUCAGGCCCUGCAGGUUGCCAUGGAGAAGCUUCAGCACCGUUUCACGACCCUCAUGCAAGAGAAGGUGGACCUGAAGGAGCGGGUGGAGGAGCUGGAGCAUCGCUGCAUCCAGUUGUCUGGAGAGACCGACACCAUAGGGGAGUACAUAGCCCUGUACCAGAAUCAGCGAGCCAUCAUGAAGCAGAAACACCAGGAGAAGGAGCAUUACAUCAGCAUGUUGGCCCAGGACAAGGAAGAGAUGAAGGCAAAGCUGGCGGAGCUGCAGGAUCUGGUGAUGAGGUUGGUGGCUGAACGGAAUGACUGGUACACCCGCUACGCCGAAGCGGUAGCUGGCACAAGCACAGUGAACCCCGACCUGCUUCCUGUUGGGGAGGAUCACACUCAUCCAGAGCACCAUGGGCACACAGACAUGGAGAUUGAUGCUGUCAGUGGAGCAGAAGCCAUUGAGGUCAUUCCUCUCUCAGAGUCCACCACAGGCCUGGAAGCCCAGGCACUUUCGACCAGAGCAGCCCAGACCGACUCCAAGCCCCUGGGACCCAACGAGGACGGCACUGCGCAACAGAUCAUGCAGCUACUCCAGGAGAUCCAGAACCCCCAGGGGGCUCUAAGAUCCCCCCCCUUCCUCGGGGAGAACCCCUGCAUCCCCUUCUUCUACCGGCCCGACGAACAGGAUGAAGUCAAGAUCCUGGUGGUGUGAGGUGUGGGUCUGAGAAAGGCGUGAAUGUGUGUGUGCGCUAAUGGACAUCUUGAAGUAUGGGGAAUAUUGAACACCACCGUUUACCAUGUUUAUAUCUAAUAGAUCAUAUUCACAAACACUUGGACACCUUACAGAAGAGAUCACAGAUAGAAGAAUGUCUCUGACCCAGUUACAUUACAACACCCCCUCUUUGUUCCGCGUGUUGGCACGAUUGUGUGCAUGGUUAAAGAGAAAGUAUUUUCUAUUUGCUCUUUUUAUGUUUUUGUUUUUGGUUCCUGAUGCUCUUCCCAGAGAGAAGAUCAUCUGUAUUCUUGAACAUAAUCUGAUUAUUCCCAGUACCGCAAUUUUUAUUCCCCAUCCCCUCACUCGUCCCCCAUCUUUACACAUAAGUGCAAUAAAGGGGCGGUGUACUCUGUGCCCCUGCUGAAACAGUAAUUAAAGAGCUGUUGUGAAUUAGCAGCCUGUGUGUGCAACUUUGCUACAAAUCUCAGUUUUACACAAUUCACUGUACAAAUGCCAAAAAAGAGCAUUCUGUUUGAAUGUAACAAACUGAAUAUUCCCUGUAUGUUUGUGUGACAUGAAGAGAGAGAGGAGGACAAGGGUGCAGCAAGACGAUAUCAGAGGUGGUGGUAGAGUGAGAUUUAAGUGAAGUCAACAAUGGAACUUAGUGCGCAUAAAAGCUUUUUUAAGUGUAGGCGCAGUUUCUAAAUCGAAAGCACACAAGUUAAGGCUCAUUCAUGCUGACGGAUGCAUUGAUUUCAACAUGCCCCCCAAUGUUGACAUGGUAGUUACGUAAUACAUCCACUAGAGGGCAGCACGUAGAUGCCUGUAGUUUAAUACAACUGGCAGACUUACUCCUCAAAGACGUCCUCCAGUCUUAUGGUCGUUUCACUUGAACUAUUGGCUACACUGCCCCCUACGAUAUCUGGCAGGACUGCUCCGUUUCAUCUGUGUCUGUACAGAGCAUAGAUGAGUCUUAACACGAUCUGGUUCAGGAAGACAGAGGCAGGUGUUGCAGAAUGAUGCUGUCCCUACAACUCCCUUUUUUCUCCUCUUUCAUUGUCAUUUUCCUUCAAACACUGAAAAACAAGUCGUACCUUGAUACAGUGCAAUGUGUUGAUAUAUGUUUGUGUAGCGUUGAUGUUAAACCAAGAAGUCAUCGUUAUUAUUUUUGACUCAGCGAGAGGAUGAGGUGAAACCAAAAGACCCCAUGAAGAAAGAAAAAACAUUCUGUUAUUGUGGCAUUAUUUUCUCCAUUGUUGCUGAAAACAACACAUUCGAAACACGACUUUCAGAUACACAACAGAGCGCCACGUUCUACUUCUCAAGAUGUUGAGGUACAGAAUUUGAAGAAGUUACAGAAAGUAUAGAGUUACAAUCUAUAUUUGCAGUCAUACAUCCGCUUUUGAAUAUUCUCUGAUCACGAUCUCAAUCCACACUUCAAUCACUCAAAGCUCAUAACUAAUUUAUUCUUCAUCUUUAUUCCUCAUCUUCUGUUUCACGGGGUCUUUAAGUUUCUAAACAAACUAACCAUGAUUACUAGGAGCCUGUUCUUUUCUGUUACGUUUAUCUCUACACAUCAAAGAUGAAUUAAUGCACAUCCUUUACAACUGGACUGUGUGUGUGCGUGUGUUUGUGUGUGUGUGUGUGUGUGUCAGCGUCUGUUCUGUGUGAGUAGAGCUGUAUAAGAUUAUAUAAGUACGAUUGCACUAAAACUGUACAAAGCUUCUCCGUCAUCUCAGUUUCUACCACUGAGCCUCGGCGGAGCGAACGAGGAAUCCUAUGAUGCGUCGCUCUGGGCGCUGAGGGUUCCAGCCGAAGCAACUUAAUUUAAGUGAAAGCGCGCGCAUGCGAGAGACCAAGGUGUGUAAACACGAAUUGAACAUGAUGAUCGUCAUGACGUUAUUCCCAGACCUUUGGGACCAAACUGAAUUUGAGAACAUGAGCAACUUUUCAUUUUUCUCAAGGAGAGAAGUCAAAUUCAUAUUAAGAUAUCAUCACAUUGUCUAUCGAUAAUCGAGUAAAUCUCCUUGUGGUGUUAAAUAAAUGAGAAAUCACAGAGGAUUCCAACAUCUGAACUGAUGUUUCUUUCACCUGAGGACACGAUGAGCAUUCAGCUUUAGGAGAGAGAUAAUAGGCCCAAGUUCAAAAAUGUAGAUCAGAGUAUAGGACUCUUAAUUUUGACAUGAGUUUAUAUUGAGGUAGAGAACAAUUUGUGACCAUAUGAAAUUUCACACUCGAUAUUGAUAACUAAAAAUAACAGGACAGAAAUGAUCAGUGCAGAUUGUGAUCAAAAAAUGUAAUGUAAUGACAGUUUACGGUGAAUAGGGGCCGUAUAUGACUCCUCUACCCGAACCACAUCCCUUUGACAGUUGGUUUCUGACUAGAUUUACUUCUUUACUCUCGAUUUUAAAAACCCUCGCUUCUUAGCAUUCUGUCACUUUUUGUUUUUCUCUUGAAAAGUGCCACAAAAUGAAUUAUUUUUUUGUUUUUGAUUCUAGGAUCGUUGAGACCAAGAUGGUUAAUAUUUAUAUAAAUAUACAAAAAAAAUCCUUUUUAGUGGUGUUUCUGGGACUUGUAAAUGAAAAGGUGAAAUUACUACAGAUAAAGUUACUUCCCACUCUUUCUGAUUCACUGUUAAAUAUGUUCCGUGUGAUUGAAACAAAUAGGAAUGAGGAAGCAUUUAUUGUCUUUACCGUAAAAGAGGCAGUGUACAUACUGUAACUGUGUAACAUAUUGUAUAUUCAUUAUGCCUGGUGUGUGUGUGAGUGUGAGAGGGGGUUUGUCGGCAGCGUGGGCUGUGUCUACGUACAGAGCCAGGGUGUUGGUGGUUACUGACCGGCUGUGAUUUAAUACAAAGAUUGACUAGGAAAAGAAAAUCUAUUUAUUUGAAGUAAGUUAGAAUCUGAACUAAUCACUUUUAAAGUCAAAUUGAAGCGAGUGUUGGAUGGAAAUGAAGGAUUGUUGUUCAGAGAACUGAUUGGUCUGAGGGCGGCUUCACACAGAAGCUUUCUGAUUUUUUUUUUCUUUCCUUGAGUAAUAAUUUCUCCCCUUCUCCUGAAUAAAACUGAUUGAGCAACUGAAA